ACUCUGAAAUCACAGGAUGUCUAAUGUUUAUGUUAUCUUGGAGACUACUGAGUUUAUAGUCUUCCAGUUGAUCCUCUGCUGAGUAGUUUGACGAGAUCAGCCCUGUCAUGUGUGGUUUGCUGUGAUGUGUGAUGUUAGCCAUGAGGCCCUCAACUGUUCCUGGUGAAUUGUGUCUCCAACUUUGAAUCAUGCACUGAAAGCAGCCUUUCACGUGUACCAUGUCCACUGCUGUAGAUAUUCAGGACAUACUCCAGCAUGAAAGAAGGCAAAUGGGUUCCAAAUCAUAUUAUGAAUGCCCGCAGGAAAUACCAUCAGGGCAAGCAGAAGAAAAAAAAGAUAUAUUAAUGUAUUUCAAAAAGGUGGCAAGAACGCCAGUGGUAAGAAAACCAACUGAAAGUCAAUCAAAGUGCAACUCUUGUUGUAAAGAUGACAACGAAGUUAUUGUAAUAUCGCCAGAAAUUAAGACAAAUUCUGAUUCAAAUAGAAAUACUAAGUAUGUGAGUAAAGAUGGUCAAAAGACUAACUGUUUUUGGAAUAGUAGAUUUAUGAAUAAUUAUGUAAACCAAGAAGAAAGUUCUCCUGAUAUAGAAAUCUUAGUUACUAAUAAAAAGGAGAAGGUUAAUUUUGACAAAGAAUUAAAUUCAAAUCAAGGCACAGCUUCUCAUCCAGAGAUAUCUCAUCUUGAAAUACUUGAUGUAAAUAUUAGUAGCACCUCUAAAACCAAGGAAGAAUUUCAAUCUAAGAAUAAUAAAUUAUCAUCGUCUUCUGUAAAAGAUAAGGAAAUACUGUCAGAUACACCAAAGAAGAAAACUGAGACAAACCUGUUGGAUAAAGUUGAGCCAAAACUCUCAGAUAUGCCAAAGAUGGAAGAAACAAAUAUUUUUGCUGUUAUGAUGGCUAAUAGAAGAAAACAGAAUGAAAUUUUAAAGGAAUUAAACGAGAAAGAAAAUUUGAAUAAGGUUGACGAUAGGGGUGGUAAAAUUCUUGAUCAGAGUUCCAGCAAGCUGCAGGAAUGUAUUGAGAUUAUCAGCAAUAGUGAAGAUGAGUCUGAUUUAACUGAUGGAGAUAAGUCUUGUGGACUAGGGAUUGUAAUGCAUAACAAAGCGGCUGGCACUGACAGUUCUCAGUCCUUGAAAUUGUGGAAGAAUAAGGUGGUUAAGGGAAAUGAUGUAUUUAAAAUCAUGAUGGCAAAUCGUCAUAGGCUGGACAAACAACAGUCUCCUAUUAAAAAUGUUGUGGAAACUUGCGACCCAAUUUCAGAAGUUCACCCAAAAGGCCAAGCUCAAGAGAAACACAUUGUUCUUUCAGAAAUCAAUACUGGUAGUGACAAAGGGACUGGUUGUAUUAAAAAACGCAAGAGAGAGGAACUUGAUUCCUCUUUACAAGAUUUUGAUUUAACAGUGAAUAAAGGCAAAAAGAAAAGAAGAAAAUUGAGUAAGAAAUGUAAAGGCAUACCAAAUAAUUCAGAUAUUGGUAUUUCAGAAAAGGUACAUGUUGAGAGAGAGGGGGAGCCACAGCAUGGGGAGAUGGCGAACAAUAUUAUCAGGAAUAAAAGUUCUGCGGUGUCACAGUCAGGUUUUGAUGAGACAGAGAAGGAAAAAACAUCAUCAAACUGCAUAUCAGUUUCUUUUACAGACUUCAUGAAACAAGCCUUAGACAGAGAGAGAGUGAAGGAUUCAAAAAUAAAUAAAAGUGAAGAAAUAGUAGAAGUUGAUAGUGAAAAGCAAAGCAUGAAUGAGAGAACCAAAGGAACAUAUGGUAAAGAUGGAAAGGACAUUGGCCAUAUUGAUAAGAAUAUUACACAGUGUAACAAAAUAAGGAAAACAAAUUGUGACAUAGGGAAAAAUGUUUAUAUUAAUGACACAAGCAAAGUAGAUGCUGGGGGUACAGAUAUCAAGAAACCUCUUGGAAAAGUAGUAGAUAAUGGAGGGGCAGAUAUUAAGAAACCUGGGAAAUUGCUAGAUGAUGGGUGUGCAGAUGUCAAAUCUCCUGGGAAAUUACUAGAUGAUCUAGAUGAUCGAGUUGCAGAAGUCAAGAAACCCGGGAAAAGGACAAAACGCUUGAACUCAAACGAGUCUCAGAGGAAGAGGAAGAGAAAAAAAAUUAAUUGUAUAAUUGACUCUGAUGAUGGCUCAUGUGUUUCUGACAUGGCUGAAACACCUUGUGAUCAAAAUUUAAGUUCCAUAUCUGUUUUAAAAGGGGGUCCUUGUAGUCAGGAAGAGGAAGAUUGUUCCAAGAAAAAUGGCAUUCCACAGUUCUUUAAGAAAAUUAGUAAAGAAGAAAAAUCAGUGGAAAGAAGCAAGAAUGUUUUCACAGUCAAAGCAGAUGUACAUGCUCCUGACAGUGGUGUGGAGGCAAGGGUCAGUACAGAUAACAAAGGUCGUAAGAGUAAAAUAUGCGACAGGCAGGGUUAUAAUUCUACUAAUGUUAAUAAGGAGAAUAUGUCUGAGAGCCACAGCAAGGGAUGCAGUCGCAGGCUAAGCAAGAGAAUAAAGAGGAAUCAAGAAUUAGAAGAUUUGAAUAAGAUAGAAUUGCUGGAACAAAUUGUUGUCACAGCCUCGCCAAAGAAAAGUCAGGCCAAUUCAUUGAGACUCAUCAGUAGUAGUGAAGUUGAAGAACAUAAAACAAGUGAGGUGGAUGCUCUUGUGAAAAAAGAUAAAAGGUCACCAAUAUCCUCAGGCUGCAGUAGCAGUGACAUAAUACAAAUGGAAAGAAACACAACAAAGAAAGCAACUAAAUCAUUAAGAAAGGUUUUAAAAGCUUCUCAAGAUCAGAAUGCCGUUUAUAAAAAAGUUUUAAAUGAUGAAAAAGAGAGUUGCCUGGAAAUGGAAACUUCUGACGAAGAUCGGUUAAAAAUGGCUGUCCCUGUUUCAAAAGAAAAGUCUAAAGCAAGAAUACCCAGGAAAAAAAAUGAAGUACAAGAAAGUGUAAGUAUUGAGGACAAAGACAGUGAUAACAACACAACUGUUAGAAGAUCCUUGAGAAGGAGAUCAGAAUUGAAAGGAAAAAAAUCCUGUAAAAUAUCUGGGAAAAAUAACAAAGGUGAUAUUAACUCUAGCUGCUUGCCACCAGCAGAAUCCAUUUGUGACAUUAGCUCUGACUCACUUUUGGGAAGUGAUGGAGCAGAAGAACUAGGGUGUACAUCAACUCAAAUUACUGAAGAUGACAAAGAAAACAGGGUCAAAUAUACUUCUACGCUCGACCAGAAGCCUGGCAAACUUCGCUUAAAAAUAAGGAGGAUUAAACAUGCUUCACAACAUGUGAAAAAGAGAAGAUCAUUAAGUUUAAAGCAGAAUAACACAGUCGAGAACCAGGUACAAAAGAAAACCAAGAAGCUUCUGCAGAAAGCUAAGGGGACAAGAAAGGUCAUUGAACACCAGAAGAAAAAGAAAGCAUUUGUAGACCAUGCAUUGGAGUGUGUAGACAAGCAUGACAUCCUUGUUAACAUGGCUCUUACUAACAGUGAUGUGGUUAUAAUUAAUGAUACUUCAUCAUUUGUAGAUGACAAAAUUAAGUCUCCUAAGAAGACAAAAAAGAGGAAAUCAUCUCAGGUAUUGCUUAAGCCACUUCCAGCAGGCCAAGCAAGAAGAAAACUGGCACUGAAGAACAAAAAAGUAUUAUCUAAAAAGGCUCAGAAUACAGGUAAAAAGCUUGAAGAUGCUAAAGAGAAGGGUAAGAGAAGUCAGCGACCAUCUCGUCAAGCUGCCAUUGGUGCCAAGAAGGCGCUAGAUCAACAGAGGAAAAUAUUGGAGGCUGAGGAAGGAGAGAAGAAAAACAGGGCCAGUAGAAAAGAUGCUGUUACAAGAGAUACAAAGUUGGCACCCAUAUUCUGCAAGAAAUCGAAGUCACCAUGUGUCGAGGUAUUAAAGGUUGUGUUGUCUCCAUCUAAGCUCAAGGCUCGUCAAGACUUCUUACAGUCAGGUGUGCCAGAUGAGAUCAAGAAGCAGGUUUUUAUUGAGAAAAGUCAGGAAGAGGAGUUAAAUAACUGGCCUCCAUUCCCUGAAGUCAGUCAUGUUCAGCAGAAGACUGAUGAAGCUCUGUGGAAGCUUGACAUCCCAAAAAUUUGUUUACGAGGUACCAAACAAGAGGACUAUAAUCCUACUUUAUCAGUAGGGGAAAAGAUUUUCCCUUUUACUACCAGUCUGUCUAAGAAGACUAACAGCAGUUCAAGAGCAUCUCUACUUCACAUGCCAACACUGGACUUGAAUGAUAUUGCUUCACUUUUGGCAAAUAUGAAGAGCCAAAAUCCAAACUUUCCUGUCUACAAAGUUUUUAAAUCAUACUAUGAUAUGAAAAAAGAGGCUGUUGAAUUGUACAAAAAGGAGCUGGAGAAGGAGAGAAUGGAAGAACAUGACAUUGUCAUUUUAGAUGACGAUGAUGACACAAAGGUAAAGAAAAAACGCAAACGCAAAAACAAACCCGCAGUAUUGAGUAGAAGUAAACGAUCCAAGCUAGGAAAUACAAGAGAGCAAAGUGAUGAGACGGCAUGCAUGCAAACGGAGGCUAUUAUUCCGUUGUGGCACGAGAAAACUCCACAUUCAUGGACUCAAAUCUUUGCACCAAAAAAUGGCAAACAGGUCAUAGGAAACACAGAACAUGUGAGAAGGCUAAAGAUGUGGUUACAAGAAUGGAAAAGAAAAUGCCAGGCUUAUGCAAAUAAGGAGAAAAGCAAAAAGAUAAAAUCUUUCAGACAAGAUGAUAGCUUUGAGGAAUCGGAUGGGUCCAGUAGCUGGGACGAAGACGACUUUGUUAAUACAUACCUUCUCUGUGGACCUCCUGGUAUUGGCAAAACUGCAGCAGUGUAUGCCCUGGCAGCUGAACUGGGCUAUAAGGUGCUAGAGGUGAAUGCAUCUUCUCGCAGACCUGGGCGUCAAGUCAUGAGCCAGCUUGUCGAGGCUACGCAGUCUCACUCGGUAGCAAAUAAUUCAUCAUCUCAGCCUUCCAACACAUUAACGACAAUGCUUGCAGCCAAGAAUGGUGGUAGUGCAAGUAAAGCAACAUCUUUAUGCAUUAGAGAAGAGAGUCAAGAGUCUUCCAAAGAUUUUGAGAAGAGGAAAGACGUAUCUCUUGUUUUGUUCAAGGAUAUUGAUGUUGUGUUUGAAGAAUGGGAUGAUGGUUUCCUCUCUACUGUCAAUAACUUCAUGGCAACUAGUAAGAGGCCUAUUGUAUUGACAGUUAAUAAUGCUUCACCCAGUGUCUUCUCAAGAAUAAAGGGAACGUACGAUAAAAUGGAGUUCGUGUCACCAUCAGAAGAUUGUAUAGCUCAGCAUUUGCAGCUGGUGUGUUUGGCCAAUGGUUAUCACAUCUGCUCCAAAGACUUGGAGAGCCUCAUCAACACUAAUAAAGGUGAUAUUAGACAGUCCAUACUUGAUCUUCAACUGCUGGCCAAUUCAGGUUCCUCGCAUGAUCUCUGUGACUGUGGGAUGCAGCAGAUGGCAGACACAUCCAUCAGCUUGUGUGAGAACAACUUGGAAGACUGCAGAACACAUGAUUUGAGCCUAAAUGAUGUAUUUCCAGAAGAAACUAAUAUUAAACUAAAAGAUGUCAAGCUAUAUAAAGCUGGUGUGUGUGGCAAACUCCAAGCUACAUCAGCCUUUAAUGGUAUUAUGUCUGCUUUAAAGUUGGAUAAGCAACUUGUUGGUAGUGAUGGUUCUCAAACCAUAAAUGGAAAUAUAGCUUGGAGUCAAGUGGCAGAUAAUAUCAGCUAUAUACUUCCAUUCCCUCUAAAAAAGAAAGUUAACAAAGUACAAAGAUACCCUCUUUGCGCUAGUGAUCCACUGCUAAGGGUGACAAAUCUCUGGCAGCGCUGCAAUUGGUUAUCCAUAGACGAGGAUGAAGAUGAUUCGCAACCAGAUGUCAUUGAAGAGAAAGAGGAAGUUUUAGACAAAAUUGAAGUACCUCAGUCUGUCCAAAAUGCCUCAAAACUCUGUUUAAAUUCGAUGGCAAAUUUGUAUGAUACAUUUACUCAGUUAGAUAUUUUGAACUCUUCUCAGUGUUUAACUCGCCCUAAAGUACAAAUCAAGGAACAUGGCUGGUGGAUCCGACAGCCAACUGCAGGACUGAGUGACGAACAAGGGUGCUCUAGCCCACAUUGGGCACCGUUUGAGGUUCUCAACGACAUAACACAUGAAUUGGGACACAGGGCAUUGAUUCAGUGCAGUAGAGAAAUUAGCUCUGGCCUUAAAGAAGUAUCUCCAAGAGAUUGGCCACAACUCUGCCUGUCAAGUGAUUUCAAAUAUACAGUGCCAAGUCUUCCACCACAUUUGUCUCCAGAUGAUAGUGAAAGAAGCAGUCACUGGAACCUGAUGGGCAGCAUAGUAUCAAGUUUACCUCUCGUGAACCAACUGAAUAGAAGUAUAUCUUUGGAGUACUUGCCCACGCUCAGAAGUAUUUGUCGUCAUGAUGAGCUUGGUGUUGCUCUUAGUAAAAAGCGACGAGGGCGUCGUUUCCUAAGCCAGAUGGCACAGUUAGGGUUUGAUAUUUCAUUACCCGAUAAGCUAAAAAUGGCAAAUGCCAUGGUCACUUAAUUCGAAAUAAAUUAUGAUAUCUUAUGAAUUUAUUUAUGAUAUAUUUAUUGAAAAGGAUUAAUUAAAAUACAAAUUUAAAUUCUAUAUGCUGUAAAUAAAUAUAUAUAUGAUUCCUCUAUUCAAAGAAAAAUUAUUGUCUAAAUGCGUAUUGAAUAAAAUGAACAGGGGAUAGUAUCGUUUUCUUAUGCUGUAUCAUGAUUUUUUAAAUCCAAUUUAUGACAUUUAGAGUUGGCAAAAUUAUUUUGUUUAUAUAUAGAGUCAAAGAUAAAAGUUGUAUAUUCUGCAAUAAUGUCCCAUCAUGAGUGCUGUGUUGUACUAGAAAUUGACUUUAAGAAAUCUUAUUUCAAGAUAUAUAAACUGCAUAUGGAAGAUGCCUUGGAUACAAAGUCUUCUCCCGGUUUAAACUGCGCCUACCCAAGUGAUCCUGGGUAAUGUUUUGUUAGUGUUUUGGGAUUUAAUAACUUCACCAUAAUGUUAUGCAAGAAUUUUAUAUUAAGAUUUUUAAGACUUAAGUUUCUUCCUUAAAAUAUAAUCAUGUGUUUCAUCUUUAGAAACUUAUAAGGAAGACUGGGUGUAAUUGGCCUUUGAGAUAAACCUUGCAAGUUGUUUUUUGUAAGAAAAAUGGCUGUCAGUUUUUAAGCCAGUUCAAGUGACAUGUUUUGCCCCUAGGCACGUCCGUUCUUUAAUUUACUGUACCUGUAAUGUCAGUUUCUCUGUGUGUAUGAUUUUUCUUAGGCACUAGCAAUAUAAGUUAUAAUCAUGUACAUUUUUACCCAAGUUUUUCUUUAUUUUACUGUAGGACGGCCUUUGCAUAUCUAAGGUGCUGUGUCUGUUAAUGUCUUAAGAUCACCAACACUUGAUAUUUUCCAAGAGUUUGCGUGUAUUGCCUGAACAAAUGAAUGGGUUGUAUUAUUGUCAGUACUCCAUUUGCUGCCUUGAAGGAUUCUUAAGCAUUUGCUCAAAGAAGAUAAGGGAGUAAUACUGUAUGGGAUGAUGAGGUUUCCUUCUAGUGACACUUCAUUGUGGUCAUGUUAAUGUCCUGGUAGUCUCAGUACAGCUCUUAACACAACAUAAUGCUUCUUUUGCAUGUGGUUCUUUGUGUUUAGUGUCUCAAUUGUUUUCUUGUUUUAAUGCUUCUUUGUAUUUUCUCCUUUGUCAAAGCUACUUUUAUAUGUCCCAGUCUUAAUUUCUUUCACUGCUAAUUCUGUACAGCAUACUAACAAGAUUGGUUCCUCAGUGCUAAACAACUUGUAGAUAAAACAUGUUUCCAAAAUUUGUUUUUAUCUGGAUCAUUUAAUUUAACUGCACUAAAAUAAAUAUAUUAUACAUGUAUGUAUCAGG